AUGGAGAAUGAGAUGCGACGGUACAAGAGCAGUUUCAACACUAUUUUUGACUACGGCUUACCGUUCCAGCUCCUCGUGCAGAAGCGGUGGUCGGGUUCCACGGUGGCAAUCUUCGAUACGAACACCCUGCUAACGAAUAUUUUUGCGGAACCAGGAAGGUAUCUCGAGGCGCGCCGGUUGACACGGAGGGUGUCUACAACGUGUGGGAUCCUGAAACGGGAGUUGGUUGACACGCCGUCAAUGUUGCCCUUGAACAGUUUCAUUUGGUAUCACCCGGUGCAUCCGUCGGAGCGGACGCGCAAGUGA